CCAACACCGGCAAUCUCUCCGAUCUCAGCCUCAAUUAAAACUUUUCCAUUUCAUUCAGCCUAUAGCCUAGACUCAUCAAGCAUGGGUUGUCAUGAUAUCCCUCAUCCAUCAUAAAGACCCCCAACGUUUUCCGAAAAAGCCUCAUGGAGCCCCAAAGCGUGAUCCUAAGACUGAACUAGCAAUAUGGAACUGGUGAUAGUGACAUUGUACUUAUGCCCUGCUACGGGUCAAAAAAUUCACGUCUUUCUCAAUAGCUCACUUGGCCGAGUGGUUAAGGCGGCAGACUUAAGCUUUCAACUGCUGAGGAUUCUGCUACAUUUAAUGUGCGCAGGUUCGAACCCUGCAGUGAGCAUUGCUUUUUGCUUUUUGCGUUCUCUAGCACAUCCAUUGUCUUGUUUUGUUGACGAUUGUUGUUAGUUGGUGAUGGUGUUGUGGCAAAUGUCGUUGAAAAGGCUAUUAGAGUCAUACCACCGAAUAGCGUUGACUAACGCCAUUGGAGCUUGAAUGUGGGAUUGGUUCACUUCUUUGCUUUCGGGGUUCUAGUAUAGGAUACAAUAGUCUCUUCAGGUCAGUUGUGAAUUCAAGUCCGUGCUGAGGUCAGAAGACAAUGAGAAAGUGCAGUGAGAGCCAAAGCAUGCUGGCCUCGCAGAACA